AGUAAAAAUGGCGGAUGAUCGAAGGAUAAAUUUGCUGCAAGAUGCAUUUGAUCAAAUUGCGCGUUUAACAGGAGUAAGUGUCAGUGAAAACCACCCUAUGAAUGCCAACAGUAGUUCAUCAGCAUCAAACUCUGUAAGCAUGGAACUUAGUAGAAGAUUUCCUUCCUUACGAAUGCCAAAUAGCAGGCCUACUUCUGCUAGUCCUGCCGCGUCCUCAGUGAACUCAGGCAAUAGGGCAGCAUUUUCCCGUUCAAGUUCAACAACGAGCCAGGCGAGUCGGAAAAGAAAACGGGCGGUGGAUAAGCCAUCAAAAGUUGUUCAUAAAGAUCUAGUUUUCAUACCAGAUCCGGAGGAGGAACAAGUUCCCACGCACACUGCUCGAGUCACGCUUGAAACAGACGGUAAAGUCGUUCAUGGUUUUCCUGUUGACACGGGGUGGGAUGCUAGGUCGCUGCGAAAAGAAAUAUGCAAACAGAUUCCCGAACUUGAAUAUUCAGAAUUUGAAUAUGUAAAGGCAUGUUAUGGAAAGCUAGUACCAUUAAAUUUGGCUAAUGGUGUUGAAGCUACUGCUGAGAUCAUCCUCAAAGUAGCAGGACAAGGUGCCAUAUACCUGAGAUGCACAGAAUUGGAAGAUGAUAGUAUCUUGAUGCAUUCUGUUUUUGACAAAGAAUCAGGAAGUGCCUCAGCUGCAGAGGAUGCACCUAUUCCUAUUGCAGCUGGUCCUAUUUCUCCAGCAACUUCUGUUGUUCCUAGUCCUACCUCUGCAUCAACUUCUGUGCCUGGACCUGUUUCUAGUCCCACAACAGUACCAGAUACUGCAAUUACUGCUGUACUUGCAAAUAUGUCUGGCUCUGGAUUUGUACCUAAUACUCCUGCCGAUGAUGGAGAAAGAGUUGAGACAAUAGAUCUUACUCUCAUCGACAAGUCUGUGAAAGACAUGUUGAUCCAUAGAACAAAUGUCAUGAAGGAUCUGAUCAAAGAAUUUAAAGAUAAAGAAAUACUUAAUUACAAUCUUAAUCUAAGAGUAAUUGCUAGCAAUGGUGCCCUUGAGAAAGGUGAGGGUAGAGGAGUUACUAGAGAAAUUCUGACCCUUUUCUGGCAAUCCUUUUUCAUUUCCCUGGCAGUAGGAACAAAAGAAAAGAUACCAAGUAUUCGACAUGAUUUCCAAAAAAAUGAUUGGGAAGCAGUUGCACGCAUUUUGAUCUACGGUUAUCUUAGCACUAAGUAUUUUCCACUCAAUUUAUCGAUGUCAUUUGUAGCUUUGUGCAUACUAGGAGAAGAAAAGUUGUCUAAUGAUUUACUACUUGAUUCAUUUAAGCUCUAUGUUUCAACAGACGAGAAGGAAAUAAUUGAUGCCUGUAUGAAUGGAAAAUUUGACAAUAAGAAUAAGGAUAUAUUAGAAUUUUUAAAUUCUUACAAGUGCUUUCGUCUUGCAAAUGCAGAGAACAUCAGUGAAAUUAUUUUUCAGCUUGCUCACCAAGAAAUUGUUCAAAGACCAAAAUACAUAGCUGCAUGUUGGUCGACAAUGCUAAAAUGUUUAACAGUAUUUGACCCUUUUAAGUCAGUUGAAGAUUUGAGAAUGAUGUAUGAGGAAAAAACUGUAAGCCCUAAGAAGGUUCUUAAGUUAUUGUCAGCUCAACCAGAAAAUGAUGCUGAAAUUAAGGGAAAGCUUUGAUCAUUUAAAAAGGUUUAUAAAAAGUUUGUCUGAUGGUGCACUUUCAGCUUUUUUGCAGUUUACAACUGGGAGUGACAUAAUAAUUUGUGAAAGCAUAGAAGUCAGUUUUGUUAGUGUAGAUGGAUUUGCACGUACACCAGUUGCUCACACAUGUACCCCUAGUUUGGAAUUGCCAUCAACAUACCAGUCAUUCAAUGAGUUAUCAGAAGAGUGCAGUAGUGUGCUAAGAGAAAAGGGCUAUAUUGGCAAUUUGAUAUUGUUUAAGUGAUGUAUCUAACUGGAAUAGACUUAUAAAAGCCCCUACUAUAUAUACUAUGUAGCAAAACUGUAUAUUUAGCAAAUGUUGUGUUUUUUAUAGUUUAUAUUUUGGUUUAAUA